AUGACCCCCACGCUCCCCGUCCCCAUCUCUGCCACAGCCCGCGCCCUCUGUCUCCCAUUCUUCGGCAUCAACGUGACCUCGGCCAACUCCGAUCCCCGAAACGGACUCGCUUGCACGCAGACGUCGCGCCCCGCCCUCGGCCACCCCCGCUCCACAGCAGCCCACGCCCUCGGCCCAUCGCUGCUCAUAGCACGCUUGCGCUUGCCUCCAGGCGUUCGCUCGCAACUCAUCUCCCUUCGGGCCCAACGUCAUGUCCCCGUGGUCCAUGCCCCACCCAGCUUGAUCCUCUCGCGGCUUCUGGUCGAAUGCAUCCUUCCGCUGCGACAGGCGAAUCUCCAACGCGCCGUCGCAUCUCGCUUGAAGCCUUUCUCGACCCCGCCUGGGUGCGGGGACGCAGGCCGGGGAACAUGUCAUCGCGGGUCGAUGCACCUCGGCUUCCGAAUUUUGCCUGCAUCCGGCCAUCUGAAUUCGGUGACGUUUUGCGUCUCCAAACUUGACGGCGGCGGCCCCCAGCUCCCGCCCGCACGUCUUCCUCAAACGGUCCAACAAGUCCCAAAUCCAUCCGAAACUUUUGGGCUCCGCGUUCCACAUAUCCGAGUACACCCAUCCUCGCACCAGCUAGGUCCUCGGCUUGCCCCGUCGUCGCCCGCGCUCGCCCGGCGAAAAACCCCUGUCGUAUGGGCGCCUGUGGACAGCCUUCAUAAUGCUGAUAUAUGCGCGUGUAGGGAUGUUCGUUCCAUAGGAGUGUUUCAUCCCCGAGUGCUCUCCUGCGGGCCCGGGUGGGACCUUCGACACUUCCAUUCGGCCACCGGACGCUUUUGCGAUUUCCGAGGAGUUACGCGAGGGUCUGUCGGGGCGGGCGUCGCCGAGGUGUUUGAUAAAUUGCGCUCGGCACGCCCGUCCAUUUUGAUGGAGGCGUCCACCGUCGCUGCUUUCGGCGCGCGCAUCGCGUGCGUAACGUAUCCUUCUGUCCCGUUCAUUUUUGCUCGCGCUCAUCAGCGGACGGAUCAACAGACCCCCUACGUCGUCCCACGUCGUCCCACGUCGCCCCACGACAUGAACCAUCUCGAUGGCCGCACCCCGCCGUCCGGUCGCGCCACCAUGACACGGCCUCACGCCUCUCAUUCAUUCAUUCAUUCACGUCGUUCCACGUUUUUCCCCCGCCAGCCCCGCCGCCGAGAAAUCGCUCCGUUUAUUAGAGCUGUUGGCUGGCCCGUACGCGAGCGGCAGCGUCGUCUGCGCACACCAAACGGCCGCGGUGGCUCCGAGGUCCGACGGCGCGCGACAGGCGACGCCGCAGUCGCUCCGUGCGUCCCUGCCGGCCGAAUGGCGUUCAGCGCGCCGAUCCCGCCUCUCGAGGAUCGCGCGUGA